AUGACCAGACUUUACCUUCAUCCCAUCAGGACAUUUAUGGAGCUGUGCAGUCCCAACAUGAGCGAGGCUGGAGGCUCUCUGUGCCAGGUGAAGCAGCUCCCCCACCCUCUCUGUCGCCUGCAGGCCGGGGGACAUCACCUGCACAACUCCCCUCACCUCACCCACCAGCCCUGGGUCAAUCACCCGGCCCCGGCUAUUGCCUCCAGUCCCCCAGUGACCGUCCGUCACCGGGUGAGUGGCGCCAUGGCGUCCAGCUGCAGUAGCCCAGAGUGUGCGGCCUCCAGACUGGGCGAAGAGGCGGCUCUGGCACGAGAUGUCACCACAGGGAAGGUGGUGGUGACAGGAGGAGGGGGGUAUUUUGGUUUCAGGCUGGGGAAAGAGCUGGCGAGUCAGGGGAUGACAGUGAUCCUUCUGGACAUGAGGAGGCCUCCCUGUGAAAUCCCUGAGGGAGCCAUCUUCUAUCAGAGUGACAUAAGGGACUUCUCCUCCCUCCAUAAGGUGUGUGAAGGCAUCGACUGUAUAUUCCACACAGCAUCUUAUGGCAUGUCUGGACCAGAGCAGCUGCAGAAAGACCAGGUGGAGUCUGUAAAUGUUGACGGGACCAAUAAUGUCAUAAACGUGUGUAAGGAGAGGAGCAUCCCCAGACUGGUCUACACGAGCACCAUAAACGUGGUGUUUGCUGGGAAACCGAUCAACGAGGGCGACGAGGCCUCAGUACCAUAUGUUCAUCCCGAUGCACACAUCGACCACUACUCAAGAACUAAAUCAAUUGCAGAGCAGAUGGUCCUCUCUGCAAACGGCUGCAUCCUGAAAGGUGGUGGACUGCUUCGAACCUGUGUACUGCGGCCGUGUGGGAUCUAUGGACCAGGGGAGAGGAGACACCUCCACAGAGUGAUGGUGAACGUGGAGCGGCAGCUGUUCACAUUCAGGUUUGGUGACCCUCAGGCCAUGAUGAACUGGGUACAUGUCGAUAACCUGGUGAUGGCUCACACGCUGGCAGCCGAGGCUCUCACGCUGCAGAGGAGCUGUGUCUCUAGCGGACAGGUGUAUUUCAUUAACGAUGGCGUUUCAGUGAAUCUCUUUGAAUGGUUGACACCUCUGUUUGAAAAGUUGGGCUACAGCAGACCGUUGAUAAACCUUCCUGUAUCACUCGUCUAUUCAGCAGCUAUCCUGGUGGAAUAUUUGCACAUUUUCCUGAGACCUGUAAUAGAAGUGCCUCUCCUCUUCACCAGAAGCGAGGUGAGGAACAUUGCAGUAAAUCACACCUUCAAGAUCAACAAGGCCUGUCGAGAGCUGGGUUACUCUCCGAAGACCUACAGCCUGGCGGACUCUGUGGAGCAGUACCUGAAGUCCAGACAGUCUGCCACAAGCUCACCUCCAUUUAAAUCCUCCUGGAUUUCCCAGCUGCCCUGGCACCUGGUCCUGCUGCUGCUGAUGUUUCUCAGCCUGGGUCUACUGAUGCUAUCCUGUGUACUAUAA